AGCAACAUUAAAAGUGUCCCUUAGAAAUUAUAAUUCUUCUUUACUAGAGUUGAUCUGCUAAUCUUGUGUUCACUCAUAUGCAACUACCCUAAAAUUUACUCUAGUGAGGGACAAAGGUAGAUUACGCUGCAACAAUCGGUUUGCGAGAUCUUAAUAGGUUUAUCAGACCCCAAACACAUACACAUAGCAACUUACAGAGGAAUCAUAUGGAAGUCUGAUUUCACUGACAAACAUCAAAUGUAUUUGAUCAGUUUGAUCAAGUACCCAGUAGAAGAGAGUAAUGAGAUAUUGAUAUCAACCCUGAUUUUCAUGUAAAUUUUCAUUUUCUAUUUUUACCUCCACAAAGGACUCAUUAGAUUUGGAAAUCAGGAACAAGAGAAAUAGGACACCAUUGCUUGAAGCCGUCUCCAGGGGUCACCUCGGAAUAAUGCAGAAAGUGAUAGCCAGGGGUGCGAAUGUAAAUGUUGUCGACAAUGAAGGCAAUAAUUGCCUGCACCUGGCUUUAGAAACAAAUGCAUUUGAUUCUGAGGUGGAGCCCAUGGCCAUUUUAGAUAAGUAUCUCAUUGAUCUCCAACUCAGAAAGGAAGAAAGGUUCUCUCAGGUGGUGGUUGCUUGUUACUUAGCCCACAAGGGAGCCGACUUUUACUGUGUAAACAAACGUGGCAGAACACCACUGGACCUCAUAAAAAAGGAAAAUGUAAAAGAAACGUUAAAGGCGUUAUUUCCACAAUUAUGUCGCUACUGUCAAGAGAAAAUAGCCACUGUCACACUGCAACCAUGUGGACAUGUUGUUCUCUGCGAGAACUGCUGUUCUGAAAUGACAUUUAAGAAAUGCCCCAUGUGUCGACAAUACACACUCAGCAAAACUGGAUUUGGUAAGAUAAUCUUUGGGUCUCUGUCUGUUGUCUUAUUGACCUUAUUGUGUGGAAUAAGGUGCUUCAUACUUUUGUGUAGACCUAGUUAUGUCAUAAUGUGACAGAUUUAUGACAGGUGUUCCUGAGGUCUUUUCUUUGUGAUAGUAAAUCCAUCACUUCAUCCACGACAACAUAUUGUCUUUAUCUAAUUUUAAGACUUGUCACGCUUCAAGAAUGUUGUGGUCUGCAACAUAAGACUAAUCAAUGGUAAUGAAUGAUAAAUAGUGAUUAAGUGAAAUGUCAAUAAAUCUCCAAUGUUCUAUCUGUAAACAUAAAUAUUUUACUUUCAAUUGUGAGUGAUGAGAGGUGAUUAAUGAUUUAUCAGUGUAAUGCGGAGCUGAUAAUUAAAGACAUCCGUCUCAGCUUUGGUAAAGUAGGAGAUUCAAUGACAAAAUCUCAACUGGGAGUUUAAGGGCCAACAUUAGUGAGUGAAGGUGCGUAGCCUAGUCGUUAGGCUAUUGCACUCGCAAUCAUUUGAACAUGGGUUCGAUUCCCAGACCGGGCACAUCAUUUCACGUUGCUCUAGACCCCUCUCUCGACCAGGAAUAGGGGAAUGUUGAUUAACCAACGGAUUGGUGUCAUUUGAAGGCUACAACAAUGCAUAGCGUAUUGUGAUCAGCAAUGUGAAACGACAUCUGAUAGUCCAUUCGGGUCACGUGAUCGUGUGGCAUUUUUUGGAUAACACUAUUCAUAUAAACAUUUAUAUACUCACACUUGUUGGUUUGUUAAUGAUAUUAAUCCUAAUAGAGACCCAGUUUUGUUUUGUCUUUAACAAUUUGGUUUUUGUUCUGACUUUAUUGUUUCCUUUAAAUUAACCCAUGGAACCUUGCCAUUCUUAUUUGACCAGGGAAAUGAAUUACAAUCAGUAUUUCGCACUGGUCCUGUUAAGAUAUUUCUGUGAUUGUUCGUGGCACUACCAUAAUAUCAACUGCGGUGAGACGCAAUCAUUGCAAUGAGCGUCAGAUGUUCUUCAGUCAGAUUAUAUACAAUCUAUCUUGUACCGUAAUGUUAGUCAGUGUGCUGUUCUACUUCUCAUAUCACCAUUAACAUGACAUUUAAUAACACAACAUCCAUUACCGUUCUCACACGCCUAUGUCAGAAAUGUAAACUGAUUUUCUCAUAGCAUCAUCUUGUACCCUCACCUAACAAUUUAUAACUUGCUACUCCUUAUAUAAUUUUGCCGUCUUUCUUGGGUACAAGACCACAUCCCUAAAAACUGGGAUUAUUGACGUCCAUAGUUUACUAAGGUCCAGAUGGUACUGUGCCUUAGCUUCAUUCCAUAGGAAACAAUAUGUUGUGAAACAUUCUGGAUAAUUAUUUGACGUUAUUUAGAUGCACUUUAUAAAUCGUGCAGAGAUAUUUUCAAUUAGUUGAUCUCAAUUAGCAUUAGUGACAAAUUUUGUAUAGUAGUGGUGAUGGAGUUUGAUUGAAUAGGUUUACAUAUUCCUUGUAAUGUUUUUAUUCUAACAAAGGCAUCUGAAAAUCGGUUUCUGUCAGUUAAACGAUUCUGCAAGGGAAUAAAUAUUGUGUUCUGAAAUUUGCUGCGUUUCACCAUAUCACGAUCCACCAUAUUGAUAGAAAGGACAUCAAAAAGAUGAAAAACUUUGAUUGAUAUAUAGAUUAGAAUUCUUGAGUAUCAAGUCUUCUGUGCUUCAGGAGGGCUAGUACCACUUUCUGUUCUACCUGUGUAAAACAAAUCAUUGUUUAACAAAAUGCACGGUGUCUUGUUUACUCUAAUUCAGGUGGUCUUUCAUAUUCUUGCGGCUAGAUCUCUGAUGAUCAACUUGGUUCACAUUGGAGUUAUGCAGAGGUGUAGAGGUGAGAGAACAAUGCCAAGUCAUAAAUUUGGCAGAGAUAUAAGAGAUGAAAGAUAAAAUUAAGUGAAAAUUUCUUAUCAGGUGAUAAGGAAAUGAGAUAAUCGUAGAAUUGUCACAUCAUGCAGGAUAUUUAAAUAGAGGAAGGAGAUACAGAAAAAAAUGAUCUAUUUUGUGCAGAUCCAGAAUUGUUGAAUUAUGUAAAGAGAGGAGAUUUAGGAAUGUGAGUCUAUCUUGUUGUAAGCUUAAAUAUUGAGUUUUAUAAAGAAAAUUGAGCAAAAGCAUUGUGGUCAUCAGUUGACCAUUGAUGCCAGAAACGUCUCAUAAAAGUAAAAUACUGUUUAUUAAUAAACAUAAAUUUUACUCAUCAUCUUCAUUAUCAUCAUCAAUUCAGUUUUGUAGCUGUGCACUAUUUUGUCACUUUACCUUCCUCUGAUAUUGCUGCACAUCUUAUGUGUCUAUAGCUUGCACUGGGUACCUCUUAUGGAGUUUAUACCAACAUCUUUCCUACAAAUCGAGCAGGGCAAUCUACCUGAAAGGAUUUAUGAUGUGUCUACUUUCCUACUUACUAAGACUUGGGUUCUUGCUAGAUUAACUCAAAGGCUGUUUGAAUGUAGACCUUGCCUCCACAGUUGAGAUUUCUUUUCCAGUUGAGGUAGUGAAUCGAUUAUAAGAACAAGGUCAUCAGCACAGAGGAGCUCCCAGGGGCAUCCAGUCUUAAAUUCCUCCGUUAAUACCUGCAUGACUAUGAUGAACAAUAGGGGGUUGAGGACUGAUCUUUGGCGAAGCCCUACAGGUACACUGAAUUCUUGGCAAUACCUGUUGCUAAUCCUCACCUUACUGACAGCAUCCCUGUACAUCGCUUGUACAGCUCUCACCAAACAUAUAUCUAUCCCUAGCUUCCGCAUUGACAACCAGAUAAGAGAAUGGGGAACUCUGCCAAAGGGCUUUCUCCAUGUCAACAAAUGCCAGGUACAGGGGUUUCUUUUUGGCUAGAUAUUUCUUCUGCAGUUGCAUAACUAGGAAUAUAGUGCUGGGACAAAUCCAAACAGCAUUUAAUCUACUCUAAUAUUUCUCUCCCUAAUUAUUUGAGCUAUGACCUUUUCCAUGAUUUUCAUCAACUGGUCCAGCAGUUUGAUGCCUCUGUCCCAAGCAUCACCUUUGCCUUCGUAGCAGUUGGCUAUAAUGCUGCUACACCAAUCUUUGGGUAUGAGCUCCUUGUGAAAAACCUGAUUAACUAUACGGGUGACUAGGCUAGAUCAUACUGCAUGUAUGUAUGUAUAUAAUACAUAUAUAUUAUCAUAUACACGUAUAUGUCAAAUCUUUCCAUCCUGCCCUCCUCUUCUCAAGCACUAUUUCCGACACCUUUGUCGCCUUUCUCGACAUUUCAGUCAGCAUUCAACACUCCACUCUCAUCACCUUCAUCCACUACAAUCACACAGACUCACACUCAUACCUCAAAUUCUCCUCCUCCCACCCUAAACCCACCAAGCUCUCCAUCCCCUAUUCCCAAUUCCUCCGUCUACGCAGGCUCUGCAGUCACAACAGUGACUUUGAGACACAGUCUCAACUAAUGGCUCGCCACUUCACCCUUGGUGUUUAUCCCCUCACCACUAUCACCGCUGCCCUUGCCAGAGCACGUUCCGUGGACCGUAGGUCUGCUCUCCCUCCCAACCGUACCCGUCACGCCGUCAUCUACCAUAAUAUCAACUGCGGUGAGACGCUUCAUUGCAAUGAGCGUCAGAUGUUCUUCAGUCAGAUUAUAUACAAUCUAUGUUGUACCGUAAUGUUAGUCAGUGUGAUGUUCUACUCCUCAUAUCACCAUUAACAUGACAUUUAAGUGAUAAGUAAGUGAUAUAAUUACAACAUUGUUAGAUUAU